GAACGAAUCUAGGCCAGUUGGCUGUAAUGCGCUAGAAUGAAAAUCCUUAAACACGUUUUGGGGUUUUUGAUUUUCUUAAAGUUCUGUUCACCUUAUGUUAUUCAAUUGAAUUCAACAAAUUGGAAACAAAUAUUAGAUGGUGAAUGGCUUGUAAAAUUCCAUGCUCCUUGGUGUCCAGCUUGUCGACAGUUUUCACCAAUUUGGCAACAACUCUCUGAUGAUAGUUCAAUCAAUGCUUUUGUCGCAGAUGUUGAUGUAACAGAAAGUCCUGUCCUUAGUUUCAUAUUUUUUGUCAAGCGAUUACCAACUGUCUACCAUGUAAAAAAUGGCUUAUUCAGAGUAUACGACGGGGCAAGAACUCUUGAUGAUCUCAGAGUUUAUGUGAAAUCCGCAAAAUAUGAAAAUGAAACACCUUUACCAUGGUAUUACUCACCAGCAUCUUUUCAUAUGCAUAUUUUCAUACGUUUCAUGGAUCUUGGCAUUUUCAUUACGAAUACUCAUCAAGCAUUUUUAGAUGCUGGUUAUAGUAAUUGGAUGUCAUUUUUAAUCAUUGGUCUAUCGACUAUAUUUUCCGGACUAUUCAUUGGAAUUAUACUUGUAUUGAUUUUUGAUUGUUUUUUCCCACCGCGUCCACAAAUCCUAAGAUUUAUUAGGAAACCUAAAAAGGUGGAAGAAUCUUUACAGUAUGAAACAGACAAAUCCAGGUCUAAUGCUCACGAUGACGAUGUAUCAGAGGAAAAUGUAGAUGAUGAGAUUACGGAAAUUCGUCAAAGGAAGGUCGAUAAUAAUGAAGUUCAUGAUUCAUAAUCUCAUGUAUUGCACAGAUAUUUACAUAUGUUUAGUUUCUUUCUAAUAUCACUGUUUCGCUUUUUUUCAAUUGUUUUGUAUUUGAACUACUUUAGACAACUUUUACAUACUCAAUUGGUUAUCGAAUUAGACCGUUUUGAUCUAAUGCGGUUAUUCAUGCCUUAGUAUGUAAAUUGUAAAAGUUAACUAAAUGUGAAUAUUAGCGCAUACGGGCAUAAUGGCUUAUUAAUAAUAUAUUUAAAGUAACUUGGUCAAAUUGUAAACAACUUGCUGUAUGUUUAAAUCACACCAGUAUAAGAAAUGGUAAAAUUAGCGGUUAUGGUACUGUUGUAUAACUUCCAACGAGUUUUCUUUUUUUUUUUGUUUUCGAAAAUAUCAUCAUUUCCUAUAAUCUACAGGAAAUUUAACAUAUUAAUAGAUUAGAACAGCUACUUUUAAU